AUGGGGUUCAAAGAGCGAUUUCCUCGAUGGAUUACACUUGUACUAGCGACAGCACAACUACUUCUCACGGCAGCUAUUGCAGGGUUAGAAUUUGGUUCUUUUUACCAUGAUGUUGCACAUGGUACUAUCUGGGCAGGAUUUUGGUCAUGUCUAAUCUUCAUUCCAACGUUUCUAAUGAUGUUUUUCAUCACUUGUUGCUGUCGUGGUCGUUGUUGUGCAACAUACUUGUUGAUUUUCAACAUUUUGAGUGGAUUACUGGCGGGUGUUAUUAUAUACUUCGAUGCCUACUUUCAAGAUAAUAUCUGUAAAUGUUACUUAGGCGAUAAUUUAUGCUGCGCUCUGCGUGAUAUCAAAAGUUUCAAUUCGGCAUAUGGGGACAUAGCUAAAAACUGUACACCGAUCUAUCUCAACGGUGUGCAAACAUCAGUCGAUCAAUGCUACAAGUCGCCUCCAACGGAUAAAUAUAUUUUUCUUAAAGCACAACUAGGUUGUGCGGUAGGAAUGAUAGUUGCUUGUGCAUUGUAUGUUAUUGCCUACUUCUAUGGAUGUUACCCGCCAAAGUUACCGGACAAUAUGGAAAUGAAUUUGACAACAAUUAGAACGCGUGCACCAGUGAACGAUACCGAUGUUACCGUUCAGAUAUCUGAACUGAUUAUUCAACUCGAUAACGAUUUAUGGCGACGACAAGUUGAUUCGAUUCGUGGUAGUGUUCCUGCAAUGGCGACCAGACAGUUUCGUGUACCUGCUAAUUACGUGGAUUUGAGAGAACGCACUUUCGGGCACAUUCUAUUCAACAAAACGGCUAUUGUCAUCGAUGAAAUUAUGGACGUUGAAUACGCUGCGUGUACUAUACGUCAUAUAGAUGUGAUCGACAGCACUCAAGAACUCGGACUGAUUCUUCGUUUAUUUAUAUCCUCACGUCUGGCCGUAUCCGCCGAAUGCUUCAUUGAUGAGGAUCCACACGAUUUCGAAAUUUGUCUCUAUAUGCCUCCUCAUAUUCAACUAGAAGAGUUGCUUCGAAUCCGACAAAGUAUUUAUAACAAUGCAUAUAAAUGUCUCAAGUAG